AGCGUGGCGCGAACUCUGCCCUCUAGGUGUCUGUGGGCGGCGAGCCCGCCGUAACCUACCACCCGUUCGGGAUCCGUUUGCGGUCUCCGAACCCGCGCAACGGCUAGCAUUUGGGGUUGGAGAGUCACUUAAACAACUAAAGGCUGCAAAAUAUGCUGGCUGUUAGGACACAUUUUUGACAUCAUGGAUCGGUUUGAAGACAUGUCAGAUGGUGAAGUGGACCAUUCUUUCUUCGAUAGUGACUUUGAAGAAGCAAAGAAAUGUGAAAAUAACUUAGCAUUUGACAAGCAAAAUGAUGAUUCUAAAGAGAGAAUAGAUGAGGAUAUAGAAAAUGUGAGCUUGACAUUUGGGGUACAAACAAAGGAAAAUUAUCUUACUGACAAGGGAAAUGAAAGAAAAGUGAAAAAUCUUCUAGAUGAAUACCCUGUAGAGAAUGAUACAGAAACCAGAAGUUCUUUAUCAUUGACCAAUUCAAGAUCAGAAGAAUUGUGUGAUGCUACAGCAGGACAUAAAAUACAUUUGCCCAUUCCAAAUAGAAUUCCCAGAAUUGUAAAAGAAGGUGAGGAUAAUUACUACACAGACGGAGAGGAAAGCAGUGAUGAUGGAAAAAAGCAUCAUGUGAGGACCAAGUCAGCUAAACCAUCUCAUAACUUUAAAAAAAGCAUGAAUAAAAAAUACUCCAAAGUUAGUUCUUCCUCUUCUUCGUUAUCUUCCUCAUCUUCAAGUUUAGGUACAGACUGUUCCGAUACAGGACCUGAUACCUCUAAAUCUCAUUCACGUCCAUCAUCAAGGAAACAUUCAGUAGCCCAUUUAUCACCAAAACAGAAGUAUAAAUCAGGAACAAAAUCAACAGGAACACAACCUUCAAGUUCUAAGCCAAAAAUUGGUGAUUACCCUGAGGAAUCUGAAGAUACUGUGACAGAUGUGACACCUUUAUCAACUCCAGACAUCAGCCCUGUUCAGUCUUUUGAACUAGGCACGUCAAGUAACCAAAAAGCAAAAGUUAAAAGGCAGGAAAGUGUGAAUCAAGGAGUCUAUGAAGAUGUCGAGGUUUUAAAAAAUGAUUCAAAAUACUUGAAAACAGCCAAGAAAGGGAAGGAAAAACAUGGGUCUAGUCUUACCCCAAAGUCACCAGUAGAUUCCAAUUCAGAUCAUAGGUGUAAGCAGAAAGUCUUACAUGACACAAUGGACCUGAAUCAUCUUUUAAAAGCUUUUCUGCAAUUAGAUAAAAAGGAACCACAAAAACAUCACUUUGAUCAGCCUUCAGUAGUACCUAGGAAAAACUACUCUUUCACAAGAGAAGAGGUGAGACAGAUUGAUCGGGAAAAUCAGAGACUUUUAAAAGAACUGUCAAGACAGGCUGAAAAACCAGGAAACAAAAGUGCAAUUCCCAAAAGACUGAGUGGUCAUCCCCCUAAGUUAUAUCAUAGUGCUCUGAACAGACAGAGGGAGCAACAAAGGAUUGAAAGAGAAAAUUUGGCUUUAUUGAAAAGACUUGAAGCUGUGAAGCCCACAGUUGGUAUGAAACGCUCAGAACAGCUGAUGGAUUAUCAUCGUAAUAUGGGUUAUCUCAACCCAGCACCUUCUUCCAGAAGAGUGAGAUCUAUGCUUGGCCAGUACAGCCCAUUACGAGGAGCUUCCAGGACAUCCAGUGCCACCAGUGGCCUCAGUUGUAAGACUGAGCCAUCAGGUUUUGACACAUCCAACAACCUGCUGCUGAGACCUAAACCUCCCAAUGUCCGUGCCGCUUGGUUAUAAAGCCUUUUUGUUUUUGCUUUAAACAUUUUUCAUCUAAUUUUUAUUGAUGUAUUUUUGUAUAUUACUAAAAUUCUGUGUAAACAUCUGUAAAUUUUUUUAGCAAUUCACACAACAGUGAGUUGUAAUUUAUUGUUAUUCAGUGCAAAAUUGUCAAAAUGACAGUUUAAUGUAAAGUCAGUGUUUCCUAUGAGACUGUAUUUACGUGAAAUGUAUAUGUAUUUAUUAGACAGAUGGUACCAUACUAUGCAUGUAUAUUUUCUCAAUAUAGAAAUGGAAUUGUCAUGCUGACAAAGCAGUAGUAAUAAUAUCAUUGCAUGUUGCACCCAAGAUGUCCACUGUAUAGUUCUCAUUUUCCAUUUUUGUUUCUUGUAAGCUUUAAACCUUGAACUUACCUGAAUUUUAUGAACUUUUUUUUUCCACUUGCUUUAGGACUUAUAUGGAGUGAGUCAUAACCUGAUUGUGAAAAUUACACUUUAUUUUUAUGAAACUAAUUUUGAAAUGUGUUUUGUGGGUAGAGCUAAUUUAGAUUUGGUAAGUAUAUUAAGAGAAACUUGUCCUGGAGCAAUCCUUUGAAUUCACCAGAGGUGUCGUACUUCUGUGUAAGGGCAUUGAAUUAGGUCUUAAGUAUUUGAUUAGCUACUUUGAACCAUUUCUUACUGUGAAUAUUAGAAAGUUCAACAUAAAAACUCCUCUCUUGUGUUUUAAUGAUUCAGAGAAAGCAGAUGGCUUAGAGCUAUAAUAUACUGCCUCAUGACUAGUGUGUCUACAGUUGCACCAUAAACAGAGCAAGUAUUUAUUCAAUCAGCAAAAUAGCAUCACCAGUUUAAAGAGCCAAGAAACAGAUUCCAAUAUACGUCAGAACAGUGUUUUAAAUGAUUCUGUUAGCAUAUUCUGCUAUGAUUUAGUAUUUAGUGUAUUAAGAGAUGAUUUAGAAUAAGAAAGCUUUCAAAAUGCUUUAGAAAUUCUAAAUAGUGUUAGUAGGUUCUGAAAAGGAAAAUUAAAUAUGAACAAUAAAAGAAAGGUCAGACAUGGCUACUCCUUUAAAUAUCAGCUAGGUUUCUGGGUUCGGUUUUGUUCUGUUCUUUUCUUUUCUUUCUUUCUUUUUUUUUUUUUUUUUUUGUGUGUGUGUGUGUAGUUGAAUGUUGAAAGUAGCAUUUUUACCAGUUUCACACUUAAAAGACUGAUUGUCUUAAUGAAGUAGUUAGUGGUAUAAUGUAGUGAACUUAUUGAAAUUAGAGUAUUUUUCUGCCCUAUUUCAUGCAGCAAAGUGUAGCCUUUUAUAGGCAUCACUGUUUUUCAUUACUGGCCUGGUCAGUAAACCCUUAAACUAUCUAGGAAAGUUUUCAUGUAUGUCAGAUCUUUCCUUUUUAAUACUAAUGUUCUGCAGCCACAGUAAGAUCUGUAUUUUACAUCUUAAUGUUCAAGCCCUGUAGCAUGUUUGCUACAUCUACUUUUCUUAACAUAUUUAGCAAAAAGGCAAACUAUAUUUUUCUAAACAUCAAUUAAUAGUUUAUUGACCUGAGUUUGUAUUUAUAUAUUUCGUUUAGGAUAAGGCAUAUAAAGCACAGCAACAGUAGGCUUAGAGUCGUGAAAACACACUCUGUGAGAUUUUUCUGCUUCUUUCCUUGGGCUGUAAUGCUCUACAUUAUUUGAUACUUUGUUUUAAACAGUAAGUUUUUACAUUUUUUAUAUAAAAGCUUUAGCUGAUCUAAACAGGUUUUCUGUUGUUAACUUAUUGCACUUCUAAUGUUUGUGUAACAGUUUUCCUUUAAAGAGAGAGAAGUUGAUGAAUUUAAAACUUAGCAUUUGGUAUUGAGUCAGUUUUUAAAAAUAGAUUUUUACUGGGAGAAUGUGUUUGUAUACACACAGAAUCUUUUAUAUAGCAUUAGUCUUAAUACAUUUUGUAUAACCUCUGCUGCCAGGUAUAAGAAUACAACAUACAAUUUCAUUGAUAAAGCUAUUCUUUGAGUUUAGAUACCAAUUUAUUGUCUUCAGUUUUUGCAUCUUUGAAAGGGCAAGUUUGUCUAAGUAUUACUAAUAACAGGGAUUCAAUCUCAGAGUAAAAGAUGGAAAGAACAAUGGUCUUUUUAAAACAAAAUUUAUAACUUUAUUGUCAUAGUUGCCUAAAAUGUAGGCACUGCAAUUCUGUUCUCUGGUAUUAAGUCAAGAUACUUUGAAAAUUGUUAUGGUGUGAGUGACAUUUUUAUUGCAGGAAGCACAAGAACAUUCAUUACUCUCUUCAUUAUCUAGAGCAUAAAAAAGUGAAGUAAUAUGACUUUAUUUUAUAUUUGGUUGACUUGGAGCUACUGUACAUACUUGGGAGAUUUGUAUGUAUAACUAGAAAGUGUGCAAUCCAAGGCCUAGUUUUAGGCCAGAGUUUUACUAAAAAUUAUUUUAAUCUCUGUCAAAUGUUGAGUUGAUAUUGCCUCCUUUUCAGUAAAAUUCUCUGAAAGAUUUUUUUUAAGCUAUUAAAAUUAUUCCUUAAGGGGUAGCUAUUAGCUCAUUUUUCCCUUACCUCCUUUUUCAGUCUCUAUGAAAAGCUGAUUCGUUAGCUGCUACUCCAAAUAAAGUUUUCUAGUUUGCUUAUAAAUAUAGUGUAGUGGAGUUGUUUUCGGUGUGUUAACUCGGUGUGUCCAAAAUGGUAUCUAGACAACCUUAAGAAGGUGAUUGUGAUGGGUAUGAUUGUGUGCUUCUCCAGAUUCAAACUCUGCAGUUCUGGGAUAUUAAGACUGAUGUAAAGUUAAAAGUGUGAGUUUAUCAUAUUAAUUAAAUUUCUAAAACAUUUGUACUGUGUGAAAUGCCAAAGUCUGUACCUAUAUGCCAUCUUAGAACAUGUGCUUAACACUAGUGGUUAUUAUUUUACAGUGAAUAAAGAUUAAUAAGAUAAUUAAAAAUCAACAUCUAUUUACAGUCUCCUAGUCCACUGUAAUGUAUUUUAGGCGUGAAGGAACUGGCUUGGUGUAGGGGAGAAAGAAAUAAAAGAAUUAUAGGUAAAUGA